GAAUCCAGAUGUGACAUUAAACUCCAUGAAUAAAUGAUGAGCGCUGGAGCAUUUUCCCAUAGAAACAUGCGGGGUGUCGCUGGGCUCCGCUGAGCGCACUACCCCGCCGACCCGUGCGGUGAUGGCGAGGAAACCCCGUUGACAAGACACUGCUUUUUCAUGACGCCCAGCCUGUUACAAGAGAAUAAGGCUGUUACAUGACUGAAUCCAUGCUUCCUGGUGGACAUCUGUGUCAUGGAUGAUGAAGACGAUCGCCGUCUUCUGGAUAUUUUAGGAGACGUGGAAGCGUUGAACGAUUAUCUCCAUGGCAACAAUAGCAAGUCUAUCGGAGAAGACGACGUAGCAAAUGCAGCUUAUGGGUCAGAUGGAUCGUUUUUCUCCAAUGAGACAACCGGCUGCAACUCCGGCCUCAAAGAUGGCUCCUCUGGAAUGGCAGAGUUUGAGGAGGACCCGGCCGGGGCCGGCCUGCACCUCUCCAGUAGCCUCUCCUUCAUGGACGAUGACCUGGAGGCGGGGGACUCCCCUGAUGGGGCGGACCUUGAAGGAGAGGAUCAGCCCUUCGACAUCCUGCAGAAGUCCCUGCUGGAGGCAGACAUCACGGAGCAGACUUUGGCCCAGGAGGCCUUGCUGGACUCCCAGCCUGCUCCAAACCUGGUGCAGGCUCCAGUGUCCCUCCCCUCCCAGCUGGUUUCUGGGGGUUAUGGAGGCGGAGUGGUAACCACUGCGGCGGCCGCCUUCCCAGCAGGUCAGGUAUUGCAAGGAGUGUCCCCCCUGGCCAACGGUUCUACUCAGCAUAUCCAGGUGUUGGGCUCGUUCGGCGGCGGCGGCGGAGUGAUGACUCUUAGUGGCCUGGAAAGAACUCCUCAGAUCGUUCUAAGGCCGGGGCUGCCCGUCGCUCCGGCGGGGAGCGCGGCAGCUGGCCAGGUCUUUGCCCCAACCCAAGGCCAGGUGAGCUUACCCUUCAAAAACAUCCCCCUCCAAAACAUCAUCAUUCAGCGCGGCCCUGGAGGGACGCAGGCCAUCGUUAGACCAAUCCAGCCCAAACCUCCUCCAGCCGGGUCGCAGACCGUCUUCAGCCUGGGGCUGCAGCCCCCAGCCUCCACCCUGGCUAACGUUCUCAACGCUAACGCCGUAGGACAGUACACAGCCAACGGUUCAAUCGUGGUGCAGCCAUCAGGGGAUCAGCAACAAGUACCCGCCCAGACCAGCAUCACGCCGGGACAGUUCUUACUACCAAACUCUUUGACGCUUACGCCUUCCAGCUCCGUCCAAAACGGCUCCGCCAUCUGCAAUUCCAGUAGCCUAAUCACCACCCAAAACACAAUGCAGCUCGCACCAGGGCAGAGCUUCUCGGCGCCACCCGGAGGCCAGCUGAUCCUGAACCAGGGGGUAGUGAGUGGGAGCGUAACGCAGACGUGGACGAGCGUUUCCUCCGCUCCGGUGCAGACGGCCUGCGCUCCUGGGCGGCUGACCCUGGUCGGCUCAGCGACCAUUGGGAUUGGAGGUCAAGGCCAGGCGUCCUCCUGUCCGGUGCAGCGCCUUCUAGUGACUCAAACGCAGAACUGCACUUCUCUCUCUCCUUUGCCCAGCAACAUGGUGGCGGAUCAGAAGGAUUUCCGACAGAGUUCCUUAUCGCCGGCGUUUAACCAGGCGCAGCCCAGCAGCAUCCAUGCUCUGAAAACCAUUACACACGAUCCGACGCUAAUUUCUGAGGUACCGCUUACAAGAACCGAGCAGAUUCUUCACCGCCUGAAGAGGGACCACGCUGGCGUUCAGAUCCCGAAUCGGCGAAAGUUCUCGUCGAUUAAAGACGCGCUGGAAAGGCUGCUUUCUUACCACGUGUUCCAGGGCGCACCGCCGUGCCAGGACGAGUUCUCACAAGUGGACCAGGAGUUUGAGGACGUUGCGUCUCAGGUGGUGACGAAGACCCAGACCAUGAUUAACAAAUACAGACGGCUGCUGAUGGUGGAGGCUGAACGUUCGAGUCCUUCUUCAGAAAUGGUGAUGAUUGACAGGACCUUCAACCAGGAGGAGCGCAGCAACCUGACACAGGACAAACGCACGGUGCUGGUGGAUCCAGACGGCUUCCUGGACGAGUUCUGCUGCGGUAUGAAGUCCAGAGUUUCCCAGGACCCCGUCUCUUCGGAAUCGGAGAACAGCUGGGACCAAUCAGAACCGGGCUCUGUGGAGCCGCCGCACAGGACAGACUUUCAGCCCGGGUUUGAAGACCCGGGAGGGGGCGGGGUCACGGGACCGACAGACAGACUUCACCCGCCGCACUUAGAAAUCCCGAAGGUUGCGGAACCGAAAAGGCCGCAGCAGAACCCCGACAGCUACGGCCAAGGUAAACACUCUGCAGGGGGGCAGCCCCCCCACCUCUCCCCCCGCCUCACCUCCCCCCCUCACCCAGACGCCGAUUCUGCGCUUGAGGCAGCAGUCAACAGCAUCCUGGAAUGUUAAGACAGAUUCUCCGCUUCAUCCCUAAAGUCUGUGAUUUGAUUCUCUCUCUAGGUACCAAUGCAUCUUUUUUAUUUUAAUUUUUAUUUGUUGUUCUCCAGUGUGGAGAAAGGUUUACUUUAGCGAUACGCAGCCAUGUAGCAUUUGUGUCGUUUGUGUUUGAAGAUUUCUGAAGGCAUUAGGUCCAAGAAGCGUCGCAGGUGAAGCCGGGCGCUUCCGAAGAUCCGGGAAAGUGUGCAAUGCAGCAGCUCGACAGAACCUUAAACAGUUUGUGCCAUUUCCUCUUCCCCUCAAACACACCAUGACGACGACGAUGAGUGCCUGACUCUAGGUUUUAACGCGUUUACAGACGCUCCAGACCAGAGAAAAUGCAACGAAGAACCGUAUUUUCAGAGUUUACGUCCACGUGAUGUCAUCCAGCGCUCAGCUGCUGCUCAGUAAAUUAGAAAAAGUUGAUUUGUUUCAGUAAUUAUGCUCCUAAAAUGAUACAUUUCAAGUCUUGACUGGUUUACAUUAAGGUUUACAGCCUGAAAAGCUGUAUGCUGCUAAUAUAUUAGAGAUUUACACUAGACCCCCCCCUCCUCAGAAAGACUCUUGGAUCUUUAUCUGGAAACAAAAUCUAGAGCAUUUUUUCCUUCCACUAAACUUUCCAUUAACUUUCAUUGGGAGCUCCUGACAGCCGCCUGGUUUAGGAAUUCCUUUUCUUUCCAGGGAUUCAUUGGUCUCCUAAAAAAGUCCUGAGAAACGGAAUGAUCUGUGUGCCAGGAUCAUGAAAACAAGCAGGAGAAACACACUUUCUGUUUAAAUAAUCUAUUUAAAUUUUGUGUUUUGAGCUUCUUUACUGAAAUAAACAGGUUUUUCCAGAUAGCGGCUGGAAGAUGAACCUCAGAGCUCCAUCAAACCAAACUUUCCCCCCCGGCCUUACUGAACUCAGACAUCUUUUAAUACCUUAAAGGUUUACAAAUCCUAAAACAAUCCGUACAAAACUUUCAAUUCUGAAGCCUUUUUUUUUUUAAACAUUUCAACCUUAAUUUUGGUGAAAAUCCUUCCUCGGUUUUUGGCGGAUUUUCUUUACCUUACAGGAGGACAGGUUUCGACAUUUCAUCGGGUGUUAAAUGGUUUCAUUCCGGAUCAUAUGUGUUCGUGUUUUAAUUCUCUCCACCAGCAUGUUGGCGUGCGUUUUACCGCACCGAGGUUACGGCCGUUUUCGCCGCGGAGGAGCGCUUCGUCCUCCGGUUUUUCCCUCUGAGCAGCAGAACCAAAAUCAAACGGUUUUUGUUCGGCUUUGGGGUCGGUUCACACGUCAUUCCUCUCUACCUCCAUUUGGUAUAGUUGAAGUUAAACACAUUUCAUUUAUGUUCUUUUGUGGUAAAAUAUGGAACAAAUAAAUAAAAAAAGCAAUUAUUUAAGUGAUUCCAAUAACUGAUCCGAUCAAAAUAACAAUUAUAUCCAAUGAUUAUUACUCAGAAUGUAUGAAAAAAAAAUCAUUUCCUGUAAAGCUCCAUUAAAUCCUUCCUGUUUUUUAGCCUAAUUGGAGCUAAAUCAUAUAUUUUAUUGAUUUUUUUUUUCUCCAUAACCUCCAGAUGGAGAUUUAUUUCCUUUUUAACAGCUGCUGCACUCAAAAAAACCAAGAAUUGAAGCAAAGGAUGUUUGCAUUUUCCCCCCCCCUGCAGGAUUCUGUGCCUCUGCUUUUUUUUUUCACACGCUGGUGAACCGUUGUGCGCUCUGGAUGCACGUCACGCCCUCCGCUGGGAACCCACUGUGCUCCCUUUCCUCCUUUACUCCCUUUUAUCGCAGUUUCUUGUUGGUUUUCAUCUAUUUUGUUAUCUCUGUAUGUUUUUCUCACUUGAUUUGUAAAGUUUUUUGUAUAAAAACUAUGAAAAGUUAAAUGUAAAAUAUUUAUAAUUUUGUAUGAACAUAAAAAAAACUAUUGUUUCACAAGAACAAAGAAAAACACACGAGUGAAAGAUAUUUUUUUUUAUUGUGUUGGCUGAGAGGCGCGGUUCUAUAGAAAAAGGAGAGGCUGUCGUUCCCUGGUUUGUAGCUAACGUGUGUUUUCACUACAGCAGAGGAGCUCAACAAUAAAGUCAUUUUGAACACGGCGAUAAAAGCA